UAUUUGCAUGCGCAGCAGGGAGACUCAAGAGCUGAAGCGCAGACACUCAUUAACUAGCGACACUUCGUGGAUUUACGGUGAGGCUGCCGGAGAGGCUGCGUCUGAGACCGGGAGGUGAACAAUCGGGAACCAAGAUCCCUACACCGCCCGCCCGUUCUGCUGGAGAGACACGAAUCGCUCAAGUCCGUCCCUGCUCGGGAAGCCGGGAGAAACACACGUAGCACUGCGCCGGCGCAGUGACGUCUCUCGUGAAGAGCCAAUUGAAAGGAGGAAUGGGCGGGCUGUGGAUUGCCAGCUUCCGGUUCCGUUGGGCUCAGGUCUCUCCUAAGCUACGUGUCUCUCCGCUCUCAAUCCGCCAUCCCGUAAGUAAGGAUUUUCUCAUGGGUGACAAACAUGGAUCAGGUAAUGCAGUUUGUAGAGCCCAGUCGGCAGUUUGUAAAGGACUCAAUUCGGCUGGUUAAAAGAUGCACCAAACCCGACAGAAAAGAAUUCCAGAAGAUUGCCAUGGCUACAGCUAUAGGAUUUGCUAUCAUGGGAUUCAUUGGCUUCUUCGUGAAACUGAUCCAUAUCCCCAUUAAUAACAUUAUUGUGGGUGGCUAAGUCCUUUCUCAUCACGGGACAAGUGAACCAGUGAGGGGGUGACAAGCUUAUGAAGUAAAACAUUGCCUGGA